GCGUUUGCUUUUUAAAAAGUCCUUUUUUUGCUUUAAAAAAAAAAAAAAAAAAAAAGAACCAUCUGAAAGUUUGGGUCUUGGGAAGCAGAAGGUAAAAGGAGAAUGAAGGGAGAUGCUUUUCUCCCGCAUUUUCCACACAGUUUGAAGGAAUUUGGGCCUGUCCUCCGCAACCCUGGAGUUUCAACAGUUCUUGGCGAGUUUACAUGUGAAUUUGAGGAUCAGAGUUUUGGAGAGGAGAGGUCUGCCAGGCGGGGAUGCCGGGUAGACUGGUGAGGAGUGUGGGGAAAGUUUGGGACAAGUUUUAUGUACUUAAUAUGCUUGUUGAGCCCGGGGUUUGCUGGUCUCCUCGGUUCUUCCGUGUGCACCUUGGGUGUGUGCGCCUGGGUUCGAUUUUGCCCAGCACCAUUACCAGCCUUUGGGCUUGGGGCUUGUAGAGUUUCUCGAGGAAGCCAGUCUCGAGACCAUGUCGUGCUGGCCGAUUUUCCCUGCUGCUUUUGGGGAGCCAGGGAUUUGCGAGGAAGGAAAAGGUCGAGGGUUGUGAUUCAAAAAGAUGUCGCACAGUGAGUUUGCAGCGGGUCUUGCGAUCUCUGCUGACUUCCUCCGCUGUAGCCGGCUGCGCCGCGAACUUUAGGUGGAAAUGGGCUGACCCGUUUACCUGUGUUAUGGGGCUCGGUGGCACAUCGAUUAGGGCGGGGGGCAGGGGACAAAAUGUUUGAGUUGAAGAAUCGCCUCUUGUAAGGAUUACAUAGAGGCCUCCUUCAGCCGGAUAACUCGCCAGCCGGUAUUGAAAAAAAAAAGUGUUAAAUUCGUAGUGUUCUGAGAGUGUGUUUUAAAACCCGGAAUGGUCUAGGGGUGUGUCAUAACAAAAACCUAUGGAUGUUGUUAAAUGUUUUCCCAGUCUUCUUCCCCCAGUUUGAAAGGGCAAAGCUGCUAGGCUACUUAUAAUUGCCGAAGUGUUUAGCCUUCUCUUAAACACGUCGGGUCAUGUUGCUCUCUUUUCCCAGCUUGCUGCCCCUGUCGGCACAGCUUGCCAAGGCCCCAGGGCUGCAGGGUUGGGGUGCAGAGACGCGGAGGAGUUGAGGAGCAACAUCAAAAAAUUGGAAUUUUUAGCGUCCUUCCCUCCUUUGCGCCUUCCCAAGCUCCACUAGCCCGCGCUGCGCACAGCUCCCGGCUAGUCUCCCUUCGCUUUCCUGCUCUCCCGCUCUUUGAUCUAUUUCUUUCUUUCCCCUCCCUCCCCCGCAGGACUUUUUAAAAUGAACCUCAUUGUUGGGAACCGGCUCUCCACUGGGUUUCUGUAAUCCGCUCGGUGGGGUGGUUGUGGUUACAGAUUCCCGAUCCCCUGCUGUUGAUCCUAAGGGACCAACUUUAGAAUUUGCACAAUGACACCCACUUGGGCCAAGAGCCAACUCCCAGGUCCCUUACUGGCGCCCUUUCCAUAUCUGAGGCACUAUUUGGGCAGGUGACCAGGGUCCCUUUGGAACAGAACCCUGCCUGUGACAAAUCAGCACACACCCCCACCCCCUCCCCCAGUCUGCUGUUGACUGCUGCGUGUGUGUUGGGGGGUUGGUCGGUGCUUUCCUCUCCUUCCCAUCUGCAGCUUUGCGUUCAAGAUUAAACACUGGUGCUCUUAUCCAACUCUCUCUUGCAGCCAGGAGAGUGAAGGGUUAGAGUUAUGGUGGGAAAUGCGAGGCUGCCCAGGGUACCCCUUGCAGGAGCCUGGAUCUUAGAGUUUUUAGGGAUCACAACUCACUUUCCCCAAUCGCAGACCAGACCUCCCUGCUGCUGCAACAAAAAAACACAGGGCUUGAAAACCUGUUGCGGAAGGAAGGGAACACUUCUGAAGGAGGAAGUUAGUCUUGGGCCAGGUUGUGGGGGAGGGGCUACCACUGAGCGGAGACUAAGAGGGGACUUGGCUGAUGUUUGUCUUUUCUCUGGGUCUUACCCAUUUUUGUUCAGAGACAAGAAAUCUAGAGAGAUCUGCCUUGUGUGAGGUAUUCUGGAUUGAAUCUGUUUAGGAGGGUAACAAGAUGCUCAAUUACAGUACUCCCAAUGCAGGGGGCUGCCUGCUGGACAGGAAGGCCGUGGGUACUCCUGCCGGAGGGGGCUUCCCUCGUAGGCACUCGGUCACCCUGCCCAGUUCCAAGUUCCAUCAGAACCAGCUCCUCAGCAGCCUCAAGGGUGAGCCUGCCCCAACUCUGAGCUCUCGGGACAGCCGAUUCCGAGACCGCUCUUUCUCUGAAGGGGGCGAGCGGCUGCUGCCCACCCAGAAACAGCCUGGGAGUGGCCAGGUCAACUCCAGCCGCUACAAAACGGAGUUGUGCCGCCCCUUUGAGGAAAACGGCGCCUGUAAGUACGGGGACAAGUGCCAGUUCGCACACGGCAUCCACGAGCUCCGCAGCCUGACCCGCCACCCCAAGUACAAGACGGAGCUGUGCCGCACCUUCCACACCAUUGGCUUUUGCCCCUACGGGCCCCGCUGCCACUUCAUCCACAACGCCGAGGAGCGCCGAGCCCUGGCCGGGGCCCGGGACCUCUCCGCUGACCGUCCCCGCCUCCAGCAUAGUUUUAGCUUUGCUGGGUUUCCCAGUGCCGCUGCCACCGCCGCUGCCACCGGGCUGCUGGACAGCCCCACGUCCAUCACCCCACCCCCUAUUCUGAGCGCCGAUGACCUCCUGGGCUCACCUACCCUGCCUGAUGGCACCAAUAACCCCUUUGCCUUCUCCAGCCAGGAGCUGGCGACCCUCUUUGCUCCUAGUAUGGGGCUGCCUGGGGGUGGCUCUCCAACCACCUUCCUUUUCCGGCCCAUGUCCGAGUCCCCUCACAUGUUUGACUCUCCCCCCAGCCCUCAGGAUUCUCUCUCGGACCAAGAGGGCUACCUGAGCAGCUCCAGCAGUAGCCACAGUGGCUCAGACUCCCCCACUUUGGACAACUCAAGACGCCUGCCCAUUUUCAGCAGACUUUCCAUCUCAGAUGAUUAAGCCAGGGUAGGGACGGACCCCCUGCUUCUUUCACCCCUCUCAUCCUACACCUACACCCUCACCAACCUACCGCCCCAUUCCCCUUGACACACCCUACAUUAACAAGGUUAAGCUCAGAUGCCUUCCACCAGAACCUUGAAAUGUCCCUUCCCUAUUUCCCCACUCCCCCAACACAAGGACAAGUCAAUUUGUCAGUAGCUUCUUCUGGCUUGAAACCCCCUCCCUCGAUUUUUUUUUUUAGCCCACUUACCACGCAUAACAGACAAGUCUCAUAUUUGUCCGUAGAUGCCUUUUUUCUGGCUUAAGCCUUCAGUGCCAAAUCACAAAAGAAAAAGCAGUAACAGUUUACAGAAGCAACUUAGUGCCUUGUAAUCUAACUUUGUCACUGUGACUACAUUACCUCUUCAGCGCCAGGGGGCACCCGUGGGCCUCCUGGGGCCUCUGCCCAUGGGGUGGGGGGACACCCAAAACCAGCAGCUCCCUCCACUGGCGACAUGACUGCACCUUCCCUUAUUUCUCCCACACACUUCUUCCUCUCUUCCCAGUAGAGAGUUGUGACCCCCUUGGGAGAGUCGUUGCUGGACUUGGGUUUUUGGGGAAAACUGUCUUGACAUUCAAAACCUUUUUCUUCCCAACCUGAACCCCCAUUGACUAAUCUUGCCUGGGUUUGUAGGUCUGCAGGAAGGAAGGCUGGAAAAGUGGAUGAAGAUUUUGACAUAAGUGGGACUUUGUGAUUUAAUUUUUUCCUUUUUUUUUUAAAGUGGGGAGGAAGGGGAGGCUAGAUGGACUAUGAGAGACUUGAUUUUGGUGCUAAAGUUCCCCAAUUCAUAUGUGACAUCUUAAAAAGAAAAUAACAAAAAAAAGAGAGAAAAGCUAAAAAAACAUGUAAGGGGUGAGCAGUUAAUGGUAUUCAUUCCACAUACAAUAUCUGUGUAAAACGAUUUCCUGUAGAAGUAGCUUUAAUGGUUUUGCUCUAGAAUACCGUAGGUCUACCUUUAGAGCACUCACGCCAUGCUUUUUUCCCUGGGUUUUAAACUUCAUAUAACUUUCAGAAAUUGGAGAGCAAAAAUUUUGCUUGUCACUGCACAUCAAUAUAAAAAAGCUUAUUUAACUUAUCAAAACGUAUUUAUUGCCAAACUAUGCUUUUUUUGUUAAUUUUGUUCAUAUUUAUCGGGAUGACAAAUCCAUAGAAUAUAUUCUUUUAUGUUAAAUUAUGAUCUUCAUAUUAAUCUUAAAAUUUUGUGACGUGUCUUUUCCUUUUUUUUCCACAGUUUUAAUAUAUUAUUCUUCAACAACAUUUUUUUGUAACUUUACACUUUUUUGGUUAUUUUAUUUUAAAAAAAUGAAAAAUUAAUUUAAAAAAAUGCAAAAAACUGUUGGAUUAUUUAUUUUAGAAAUUCCCCCUUUUGUGUUGGACUGCAAAUUGAGUUUCUUUCUCUUUAGGCUUUUCACAGCUAGGACUGAGAAUGUAUGUAAAAGUUCUGUGACAGUACAGAAGGAAAACAACUUUUUAUGUAUAGUUUCUAAAAGGGAAAAAAAAAGAGAAAACCCUUUGACUUCCAUGUGCCCAUCUCAAGACAUUCCGCUCGCAGAUUUGAGGUUCUGGAUUCCAGGUUUGGAAUUUUCCAAUGUUAGUGUAAACAGAACUGGCACACAGACACAUUAAGAUGAAUGUAAUUAUUAUUCCUCUUGCUGGUCACUACCGUCGCUUUCUAUUUCUCUUUCUUUGUGUGAAUUUAUUUAAAAGAAAAAAAACUUUUUGUAACGACUAUUUGCAGUUUAAAAAUCAAUAAACCCCGUUUUUCAAGAAA